AUGGCAGAAGAUAAGAUGGACAAGCCCCAAGCAGACUCCAAUCUAGAAUCCUUAGGAUACCGUCCCGAAUUGUCACGCAACCGAUCAACAUGGCAGGUGGUGUUCAUGUGCUUCAUCCUGGCAUCUGUACCGUAUGGUCUGUCGACAACCAUGUCAUAUCCGAUGGCAGGAGGUGGCCCCGCUAACAUGUUCUGGGGCUGGGUAAUAAUAUCUUUUAUCAUACUGUGUGUAGCGGCAUCUCUGGCUGAGAUCACGUCGGUCUAUCCUACAGCCGGCGGAGUCUACUAUCAGACGUUCGUCCUGUCGCCGUCGUGGUGUAGACGUGUUACGGCCUGGGUUUGCGGCUGGUCUUAUAUUGCUGGAAAUAUCACAAUUACCCUUGCUGUUAACUUCGCAACGGCGCUUUUUCUGGUUGAAAGCCUGAAUGUAUUCAAAUCCUCAGGCGUCGGCAUCACUGAGAACUUUCAGGCUUAUCAGACGUAUCUUAUUUUUCUUGGAAUCACUUUGAUAUGCCACGCUAUUCCUGCAUUUGGAAACCGAUGGCUAACACACCUAGAGACAAUGGCGAUCUUCUGGACCCUGAUAGGAGUCACGGCUCUCGUUAUCACGGUACUUGUCGUCGCAGCGCAUGGCAGACGAUCUGCUGAAUGGGCCUUCACAGGGUUCGAACCGCAGUCGGGCUGGCCGGAUGGCUGGUCUUUCUGUAUCGGUCUGCUGCAAGCCGCCUAUGGCCUCUCGGCCUCUGGCAUGGUCACCUCGAUGUGCGAGGAAGUCCACCAGCCAGCAAUCCAAGUCCCAAAGGCCCUCGUUGGAGGUGUCAUCGCCAACUUUUUCGCAGGACUCUUCCUUCUCGUCCCUCUCAACUUCAUCCUCCCCGACAUCGCCAUGCUUGCAAACCUCGCUAGCGGCCAACCAGUCCCCACGAUCAUCAAGUCCGCCACAGGAAACUCCGCCGGGGCCUUCUGCCUUCUCAUUCCCCUCCUCGCCCUCGGUAUUAUCUGCGGCGUAGGGUGCGUCACCGCCGCAUCUCGAUGCACGUGGGCGUUCGCUCGUGACGGCGCUAUACCCGGCUCAAAAUGGUUUAGGCAAGUCAAUACGCGGCUGGAAGUCCCACUCAAUGCGAUGCUACUGGGAAUGGCCAUUGAGAUACUUCUGGGGCUUAUAUACUUCGGCUCAGCAGCGGCAUUUAACGCAUUUUCUGGCGUAGGGGUUAUAUUCCUGACACUUAGCUACGCAAUGCCUGUUGCAGUGUCCUUGCUCCUGCGCCGUCGAAAAGACGUCAAAAAUGCCACUUUCAACCUUGGAGUGUUUGGUAUAUUUUGUAAUGUGGUCUGCCUAGCAUGGACCGCCCUUGCUAUUCCACUCUUCUCCAUGCCGACUUUCAGUGCAGUUACCCUCGAAGAUAUGAACUAUGCGUCCGUUGUCUUUGUUGGGUUUGUGGCUAUUUCGGCCGUUUGGUAUUGGGUAUGGGGCCAUAAGAACUACUCAGGACCGCCCACAGAGCGGUUUGAGAUGGCUGCUGAGUGCCUGGAUGAUGCGAAUGGAAUGGACAAGGCCACGGGACUGCCGUGA